CAACAAAGGCACCACCCCACUUCAUUCCUUCAACUGCACUCAUCCUUCAAAUCAUUAGAGAUGAAAGUGAAAGCAUUAGCUGCCUUAAGAUCCAAGCUUCUAAAUCCAUGCAGAAAAUUCCUUCAAAUCUUCAAAUUCAGACUCAAAAGACCUGUCUUUAUAAGAGCUCUUCGAUUUCGUCCUCACCGUGUGAGAUCCAAUAAAAAUAAUCCUCCAAAGAAUCGAGUAACUGCAUUACUAUCAGGCAACCGUUCAGUUAGGAGGCCAAAAGAGAUGGACAGGUUGAGGGAGCUUAUGAGUGUAUCUAGUGCAGGGCGUGAGGGAAGGCUCUUUCCAUCACCUAUUACACCAGCUUACGUGAAGACUGGCAGCAGGGCUGGCCAUAGGGAAGCUUCAGGUGACGAAGACGUGGAAGAUGCAUGCAGGAGUUUUGAGAACUAUUUGGUGGAGAUGGUUGUUGAAGAAGGGAAAGUGGGGGAUUUGAUGGAUGUGGAGGAGCUUCUUUAUUGCUGGAAGAAUCUAAAGAGCCCAGUUUUCGUUGAUUUGGUCUGUAGAUUCUAUGGAGAACUGUGUAGGGACUUAUUUUCCACCAAGGAUGAUGAAGUUGACAGUCCAUAGUGAUUCUGCAAAUAGAUUUUUUUUUUUUUUUUUAAUUAUUAUUAUUAUUACCUCUUCUCUUCCUCACUAUCUAUUUCUCCCACAACUUAUAUAUAUAUUUUGUAAUUUGCAAAUAUAAUUGAAAAAAUAAAUCCUUAUCUUGCAGGACUCUUCAAUACUAGUUUAGGCAUGC